AUGGCCAAUACUUGGUGUGAUAGUAAUCAAUCUGAACAAAUUUGGUUUCAAGCGUAUCUUACCAUAUCAUGGAUAUCAUACUUCAUAGCGAUCCGUAAGGACCCAGGCUCACCACCGAUCAAUUUCGAACCCAAUCAAGGAGAAUGGAGAAGAUGGUGUAAGAAAUGUCAGAAUUAUAAACCUGAACGAAGUCAUCAUUGUAAGAGUUGUCAAAAAUGUGUAUUAAAGAUGGAUCAUCAUUGUCCUUGGACAAUGAAUUGUGUAGGUCAUGGGAAUUUCCCUCAUUUUUUACGAUUCUUAUUGUGGGUUAUAUGGACAUCAGGUUAUAUUAUGGUUCAAUUAAGUAAACGAGUUAUACAAUAUUAUGAAGAAAGGAAUUUACCGGCUUAUUUAAUUCCUCGUGGAGAAAUGCUUGCGGUGGUGUUUUUAUUACCAAUUGAUUUCUUUAUGUUUAUAUCGAUUUUAAUUUUAUUUAUAAGAUGUUUAAUUAAUUUUAUGGUGAAAGGUAUGACACAAAUUGAAGUUUGGGAAUCAGAAAGAAUUGAAGGACAAUUUCAUACUGAAAGAUUUUGGCGUCAAAUUAGACUGAAUUAUUUCAAAUUACAUAAUAAGGCAUUACCGAAGUUGACUAGUUGGAGAACUGAAAAUGAAAGAAUACGUGCAGCAGAAGAACUUUCACAGGAACAACAAGAAGAAGAGGAAGAACAAGAAGAGUUGUUGGAACAGGGUGUCGUACCUCAAGAAUACACUUAUGAAGAUUUAAUAUUCCCCUACGAUUUAGGAUUUUGGAAGAAUAUAACCACCAGUAUAGGAUACCCUUAUCAAUGGAUUUUACCAUGGGGAGGACCAAAUAAUGAUGGAUAUCAUAUUGAAAAAAGUGAAGAAUUCAUAGAGGAGGAUCAAUUGGGAUUACCUUGGCCUCCAGAUAGUGGACAUCAAGAAAACACCACUAGUAGUACUAUCAAUCGAGAUAUUGAAUUAGAUCAAAUUCAAAUCAAUGGUCGUACCAAUAUUCAACUAUUAAAGAAAAGAUUAGAUCCUCGAUCAAAUAUGAAACGGACGGAAUGGAUGAAUGAUCAAGGGGAAACAUUGGAUGAUUUAGGAGUUGACAUUGAUGCUGAAGAUGCUGAUCAUGAAGAAUUAUUAUUGAAUCAUCCUGAAUGA